ACAGUGUAUAUGUGUAAUUUUUGUGUAUGGAUACAGAUGCUGACUAAAUUAAGUAAACAACUAAAUGGAGAGGAUUGGACCUGGAACAACCUUAAUACAUUAUGUUGGGCAAUUGGAUCUAUAUCUGGAUCGAUGGUUGAGGAGCAGGAAAACAGAUUUCUGGUGAUGGUGAUUCGUGAUCUUUUGAACCUCUGUGAAAUCACAAAAGGAAAAGACAACAAGGCUGUCAUUGCUAGUAACAUAAUGUAUGUGGUUGGGCAGUAUCCUCGAUUUCUGAGGGCCCACUGGAAGUUCCUGAAAACAGUAGUGAAUAAGUUGUUUGAGUUCAUGCAUGAAACACAUCCUGGAGUUCAGGUAAAAAUUUAUGCUCAUCUUUUCCUAAUAUAAUAUAUUAUUGCAGACAUCUUUAAUCUUCAUUGUGUCAUGCAGUUCAGCUGUG